UAGAGCGGAAGCUUGUGCGUUACCAAACAACGGCCAUAGAAUAUGCUCUUAGCUGUUAUCAACUACGCCGGGAACUUCAUCGGACGGCUCUCCGCCGGAGCAAUCGCUGCUUCAAUUCCUUCCCUCUCUUCCUCCUCCUCCUCACCGGCGGCUUCUUCUCUCUCCUCUCUUCUUCCUUCGACGAUGGAUUUGGCUUCUGUAUCUCACACCUUCAACUCCUUCUCCACUGACUUCGCUCGGUUUUCUCACUUCUGAUUCGCCCGCUCGAAUUCCGAGGCCGGACUGAUAAUAACUCCCCUGGCUCUUUUCUGGCGCAAUUCUGUGUUUCCACGUGAAAUUACUACACCUGUGUGCUUUUCUAGGGCUUGAAACUUCGAGGCUUCAGCGAGCUCUAAGCUAAUUAGGAGUGAAAGUUUUACUUCGAGGACGAUGGUUUUGUUCGCCUCGUGGAUUUCAUCGUAUGGUGUGCAGUAUUCAGCUGGACGUGGCAUUCAGUUCCUGGAUCAAUCGAAGUGUGAGGAACAAGAGUUGUUUAGAGUUCUCUGGCUUAUGAUCUAAGCUCACUUGUGCAUAUGGUUUCUUCGGGGGACCAAAUAGAAAAUGAAGUUGAUUCUGAUAGAUUGGAGCAUGAACACAGUUCAGACAGUCAACCGCAAGUGUCUCAGGAGGACCCUAGUGGAACUAAUGAAUCAAAAUCAGAUCACGAAUACUCUGCGGAUGCCAAGAAGACACUUGAAGAAGCUGUCAGGCAGCCUGAUGUUUCGAUCGAACAAUUGGAUCAAGGGGGCAUCUCCAAUAUAGUGUCUGAGAAAGUGACCCGUAACCCGAUUACUGCAGACCAGGACUCACAUCCUGAUUUGAAGGGAAGUAUUACUCCUACAGUACGAGAGAAAGUAUCAGAGGAUGGGUAUAACUGGCGAAAAUAUGGUCAGAAACUCGUAAAGGGAAAUGUCUUUGUAAGAAGCUAUUACAGAUGCACGUUUCCAACUUGCAUGGUGAAAAAACAACUGGAGCGCACUCAUGAUGGGAAAAUUACAGACACUGUUUACUUUGGUCAGCAUGAUCACCCUAAACCUCAACAUCAUAUUCCGGUUGCUGUUGGACUGGUUACCAUGGUUGUAGAAAAACCCGAUGAUCAUGCUUCUGGAAGUUCUCAAGAUAAGGCCUCCAUUGCGCUUGGUCAGCCACCUCAUCAAACUGAACCGGCUGAUACGCUUCAACUGUCAUCGGUCGCAGCCAGUGAUAAUGUAAAAGAUGAAGUUUCAAAAAGGUCUAGGAUUAAUGAUGAGGAUGACAGUGAUGAAAUUCCAGACUUGAAACGAGAUUUCAAAAGGAAGAAAAGAUGUAAUAUUGACGUGACAGUAGCUGACAAGUCAACAGUCGAACCUCGCGUCGUUGUUCAAACUCCUAGCGAGGUUGACAUUGUCAAUGACGGGUAUCGCUGGCGGAAGUAUGGACAGAAAUUAGUGAAAGGCAAUCCAAAUCCUAGGAGUUACUACAGAUGUUCAAGUCCUGGAUGCCCAGUUAAGAAACAUGUAGAGAGGGCGUCUCAUGACCCCAAAGUGGUGCUUACCACGUACGAGGGUCAGCAUGACCAUGAUAUGCCUCCUGCAAGGACCGUGACAUUGAACUCAGCUGGGCCAGGCAUUUGCACACCACCCCAUAAUGAUGAGAAGAAAACAAAAUCGGUCGGUGGUCCUGCUGGCCAUGACAUGGUGGUUCGUGCUAGUAAGGAUCCUCGAAUCAAUUCAAGUUCUGAAGGCAAAUUAAUUGAAAAGAAUGGCAAGUCGCGUGCGACAGAAGCAAGUGAUGGCAUAGUCCUCGAUAUGGUGGUAAAUUCCAGUUCAGGAGUUGGGAGUGGCCAAAAUAAGCAGCAGCUGAAAGUAGCAAUUGAAAGCUAAGUUCGCAUAUUCCUGGUUCCAAUUUGUAUCAGAUUAAUCAAGACACCUAAUAAUAGUCCCAGAUCAAGAUAUAGCACAAUAGUUGGAUCAACUAGUUUGUAUAAAUUAAUUAAACUGGUAAAAUAAAAUUAAACGUGUAGGUUUUCAGAGCACUUAAUAAAAGAUAGCUGUUAAAACUAAGCUAAGUAUUACCAAUAUGCUUGGGUUGGGUCCUAGAAUUGUCUCUAGUCUGUCAUUUUUAACCCUAUUGAUGUAAUUUAUGUGAUGAUUCUUGAUAUUAAGUAGGUUUAUAGUACUGCUGUUUGAAAACAAAAGUUGUAGAAUAUCAACCAAGAAUUUCCA